AGAAAGGAGCGUGCGGAUCGCGCACCUGCUCGCGCGGGAGCCUUGGGACCGAGGAAGCCUGCCUGCCUGUCCACGUGCCAUCCUCGCCAUGGCUCCCGGAGAGAAGAUCAAAGCCAAAAUCAAGAAGAACCUGCCUGUGAGGGGGCCUCAGGCGCCCUCCAUUAAGGAGCUGAUGAGGUGGUACUGUCUGAAGACCAACACCCACGGCUGCCGCCGCAUUGUGGUGUCCCGCGGCCGCCUCCGCCGCCUGCUCUGGAUCCUGUUCACGCUGACGGCCGUGGCGCUCAUUUUCUGGCAGUGUGCCCUCCUCGUGCUCUCCUUCUACACCGUCUCUGUCUCCAUCAAAAUCCACUUCCAGAAGCUGGAUUUCCCUGCAGUCACCAUCUGCAACAUCAACCCUUACAAGUACAGCGCCGUGAGGCCCCUUCUGGCCGACUUGGAGCAGGAGACCAGAGCAGCCUUGAAGACCCUGUAUGGCUUCUCAGAGAUCGAGUCUCGGAAACGCCGAGCGGCAGAGCCCUGGAGUUCGGCGUGGGAGGGCACCCAGCCCAAGUUCCUCAACCUGAUCCCACUGAUGGUCUUCAAUGAGGGUGAGACCAGCAAGGCCACGGACUUCCUCACGGGGCAGAAGCGUAAAGUCAGUGGGAGCAUCAUUCAUAAGGCAGCGGACGUCAUGCACGUCCAGGAGUCCAAGGAGGUGGUGGGAUUCCAACUGUGUUCGAACGGCACAUCCCACUGUGCUGUCUACACCUUCAGCUCGGGAGUCAAUGCCAUCCAGGAGUGGUACAAGCUGCACUACAUGAACAUCAUGGCGCAGGUGCCUCUGGAGAAGAAAAUCAACAUGAGCUACUCUGCAGAGGAGCUGGUGGUUACCUGCUUCUUUGACGGGGUGUCCUGUGAUGCCAGGAACUUCACACUUUUCCACCAUCCAAUGUAUGGGAACUGCUACACAUUCAACAAUAAAAACGGGACUAUCCACAGCACCUCCAUGGGGGGCAGUGAGUACGGGCUGCAGGUCAUCCUGUACAUAAACGAAGAGGAGUAUAACCCUUUCCUGGUGUCCUCCACCGGGGCCAAGGUGAUUGUCCACCGGCAGGACGAAUACCCCUUCAUCGAGGACGUGGGCACGGAGAUUGAGACGGCGAUGGCCACUUCCAUCGGGAUGCACCUGACGGAGUCCUUCAAGCUGGGCGAGCCGUACAGCCAGUGCACGGAGGAUGGCAGCGACGUGCCCAUCGACAACAUCUACAAUGCCGCCUACUCACUCCAGAUCUGCCUCCACUCGUGCUUCCAGACUAAGAUGGUGGAGAGGUGUGGGUGUGCCCAGUACAGCCAGCCUCUGCCCCCUGCAGCCAACUACUGCAACUACCAGCAGCACCCCAACUGGAUGUACUGCUACUAUGAACUGCACCAGGCCUUUGUCCACGAACAGCUGGGCUGCCAGUCCGUAUGCCGGGAAGCCUGCAGCUUCAAGGAGUGGACCCUGACCACCAGCCUGGCGCAGUGGCCGUCUGUGGUUUCUGAGAAAUGGUUGCUGCGCGUUCUCACUUGGGACCAAGGCCAACAAAUAAAGAAAAAGCUGAACAAGACAGACUUGGCCAAACUCUUGAUAUUCUACAAAGACCUGAACCAGAGAUCCAUCAUGGAAAGCCCUGCCAACAGUGUUGAGAUGCUUCUGUCCAACUUCGGUGGCCAGCUGGGCCUGUGGAUGAGCUGCUCCAUAGUCUGCAUCAUUGAGAUCAUCGAGGUCUUCUUCAUCGACUCUCUCUCCAUCAUUGCCCGCCAACAGUGGCAGAAGGCCAAGAAGUGGUGGGCCCAGAGGCAGGCACCCGCCUGCCCUGAGGCUCCCCGCAGCCUUCGGGGCCAGGACAACCCGGUCCUGGAUAUAGACGAUGACCUGCCCACUUUCACCUCUGCUUUGCGCUUGCCUCCGGCCCCGGGGGCUCAGGUGCCUGGCACUCCACCCCCCAGAUACAAUACCUUGCGCUUGGAGAGGGCCUUCUCCAACCAACUCACCGACACCCAGGUGCCAGCUGAGUCCUGAGGCCGAGCGAGGAAGAGAGAUCUAGCCAGGACCGCCAGCCUGGUCUGAGAACUUGGGCCCUAUCGCCUGCACACAGAGGGGCCCUCUGCACCCACGCGGGGCUUUUCAGAGACUUGGACUGGAAGUCUGCCUUGAACAAGAUGGGGCCCGGGCGUGUGCAGGGAGCUGUGGGCCCUGCCCAGCAGCACUCAGAGCCAUCCCGCCAAGACAGGUCCUGCAGCGCAAACCCUCCGCACGGUGCUCCAGCGGGGGACGGGGCCCAGGAAGUCGUGCCUGGCAGAGUUCUUUGCCAGAAUUUGAGAAACACUCCAAAGCUUCCAGCCAGGUUGGGGCCCAAGGAUGUGAGCUGAGGUCUGGGGGCCUGACAAUGCCGGCUGUGCCCACAACAGGAGGAAGCUCCAGCGGGCCUGGAGCUGUGUGUGAAUGAACUGUUUUAGUCCCUGACACGGGGACAGCGGCUCCUCUGAGCCCUCAGGCAGGGUCCUAGAGUGUGUAGGAGGGAGAGGGUGCAGGGGGGAGGCCUGGGAUGUGAGAGGAGGCCUCUGGGAGCGGGGGUUGGGCCAUGCUCUGGGCAGCUAAGCCAGUGCCCCGGGCCCCUUUCCCAGGCAGAGAGGAGCCAGUUAAAGGGCACUGCUGGACAUGCCUGUCCGGUGGUAGCCCAAGGCAUAAAGGGUUGGAUCCUGAUAGACUGCUCCUCCUCCGCAGACCCCGCAGCACCCCCUCCCACAGCCACACCUCAGCAUGACACAGCUCAGGGGUUAAGCACAGGCUGGGUCGAUAUCAGCACAAGAACAUGUGCUGGGGCUGUUCUCGCUCUGACAGAGUUCAGUGUCCGGCUGCAGACUAUGACCCUCAGGCCGAACCCUGGUUUUGCCUGUCACCUAAGAAUGGGUGUUUUAUCCUCCACUUCUCUUAAAAAAUAUCAAAAGAAGAAUGUUUUGUGACUCAUGCAAAUCCUACGAGCUUCCGAUUUCAGUCCAUGAAUAAAGUGUCAUUGG